AUGGAAGGACCGGAGGAUACCAAUGCCCGACUGGGUAGCGACACAGUCCUUCGGUGUCGUCUACAGUGGAGAAACAUGUUGGGCCAACGGUGGACAGACUCAACGCCGAGGGUUGACAUUCAGUGGAUCAAAGACGGCUUCGGUUUUUCACGCGAUGUCCUCGAGGCAAGCUUCGGCAGUCGAUAUAGACUGAUCGCCAACCAGAGCGCUGGUAUGCCCCUUACGCAUAACACUGUAUUUUGAAGAUCAAGUCUAAACAAGUAAAAACGACGUGUCCUAUCAACAGUGUUGAGGGAGGAAAUUCGCCCGAUGAAAUAGCUUAGCAAUAAACACUUAUAAGUAGUUUGCCACAAAGCAUGGCAUUUCAUAGACACUUACUACACUGUCAAUGCCCACAGUCCUUCUUAAAAUUAUUCAUAGAAGGUGGUUCCUAUUUGACGACAAUCUCUGUAGACAGAUGGACGGCGUAGCCAUGGGCUCGCCGCUUGGCCCGCUUUUGGGUAAUGUAUUCAUAAGUAAGCUAGAAGCUUUCCAGCUACGUCAUAAGAUCAAGGGCAUGAGAUACUAUGGGAGGUACAUGGAUGAUAUAUUCGCACUUGCUGGGGGACAAAGUGGCAUCUCAAUUCUACUGGAUGAUAUAAAUCAGGCGCACCCAUCUAUCAAAUUCACUCUUGAAGAAGAAGAAGACUCCGGUUCAGCUCCCUUUCUGGAUGUGCCUCUGAGUAGAAGGCCUAACGGCAACAUUCGACGUAGCGUAUAUCGUAAGAAAACGUGGUCCCAUUGUGCCAAUUUCGUACCGCUAAACGUUAAACGAAAUUUAGUCUGCUGUUGAGCAGAAAGGGUGGGAAGCUUCUGCUCAUAAGUGAAGAAGAAGAGUCGAGCAACGGAACACUUCGUUUAUUAUCCUGAGCUUUCAGACUCGUACAGGAGUCCAUCGUCAGAGGUAGUGGCAGAAACAGGACAAGCGGCAGUUAUAAGGCACGUAGGCCCAAUCAUCGACCGACGCCGCACGACUGGAGGUGACUACGAAGGGCUCUGUACGCCGGCGCCAGAUCGAUAAAUCGAUUGACCGAGUUCUCAUCCGAGGCCCAGGCUUCAAUCAAUUCUCGGCCUGUUUUGUUUCCGGCGUGGGGACUAUUUUGGUGGCUGCGAACUCAAACUCGUGACACAUUUCGUAGGUGUGGGCGGCCACUUGUGAUAAUGCGUCGCCUCGUCGCACAGCCAGCUUAUGCUCGUGUAUGCGCGAUCCGAGUAUGAGUCCAGUCUGUCCUGUGUAGUUACAAGGACAAUUUUGACACGGGAUGCGAUACACUACUCCAGAUUGUCCUUUAGGUUUUAACCGGUCUUUGAUUUUCAUGACCCUGCUGCGCAUGGUGACUUCUGCUCAGCUGAUAGCAUUGAGAAAGAGCUUAAGAUAAUCAAAAGCCGUUUUCGCCAGAACGGGUAUCCUAAUAGAUUCAUUGCUAAGAAGAUGGCCGAGAGACCACCAAAGCACCCAAUGCUGACGGCUGAAAAAAUCUCUUCGUCAGUAUCGCAUUUCAAAGGGACGAGCCAAGUGGACUUUUGAGCAGACGCCUAACUUAUGUUGUAGUACGAACCUUUUCAGCAGCUGACACCCGUGUACUGUUCUCCACCCAGUCUCAUUCUAUACGAGAGGACAAGGACAAACUACCAGUGCAGACCACCUCCGUAUUUAUUUGCUCCUUCACCUGCCCCUGUGGGUAGAAUAUAGUGGUGGUACAAGCCGGUAUUUGUCCAGAAGCCUAAAGGAACAUCUUCCGGCAUGGUAAGAAGAGGGUCAAACAAAGAACAUUAACAGCACUAUGGUCGCGCACAUGGUUGAUACAGACCACCGUGCAGACGCCAAAGAGGCCUUCAGGGUGGUUUACAAGGUCCCGUAAAGCUAUCCAAAGCUGCUGGGGCAGCGCCUGUUGGCUACGGCAGGGGCGGCUGCAAUCAAGCUACGCUUACUAAUCGUAUGCGCGUAGAACUUCAUACAGGUCCCAUAGUUGCCAUGGUUCAAAGCUACCAGGCCAGCCACCCGCAAAUAAUUACCCUUCCCAGGACCCAUCUUCUCCCUGACGCUGACUGGAAUUGCGGUGUUUUACUCUACCCCCCCUCCCCCCACCAAACCCGAGCUACUGCAUAAUUAGCUACUUGCGCGUAUAUUUUAAUUAAUUAUUUUAAUAGUUAUAUAAAUGCGCAAGCUUGAAGUCAAUUUAUAGGAAACAGACGUAUGCUCGCCAAAUUGCCUUUUAAAAUUUUUAAUGGGGAUUUUCGCAACUCGAAAAUACUUUGUAGUCCCAUUUUCAGGGCACCUAUUACAGUUAUUCGCCUUUGGCGUUUGAUAUUAGUAUUUUAAGCCGAUUGGACAUCUAUUUUCAAGAAUUAACCUUUGACACCACGAAGAUUGCAAUUUGUACUUAAAUACUGAUAUGAAUAAAGUGAAGAGUGUAAACUUAAUAACGGAUGAGGUUAACCACGGUGCUUCCUUAGACAACUGUAUUUACGUUGUACAGUACGUACCAACCAUCCUCAUCUGAUAGACUGGCCAUCAACCUUUACCUAUAUCGUUCCGCGUCAACUGCGUACCAUAAAUACUGCGCCUCUGGGUCUCCAGUACCGUUAUCAGCGACUGCCACUGAUGACGGGCUUGAGUGGGAAUCCGAAGCGUCAGGCCAGCAAAUUUCUUACCUUAGUGAUCGUAUCUUGAUACGGAAAUGAGUCAGAUUUACGACUCGUUUGAGGGAAAAAUUCGUGAUUGAUGUGACCAUUAGACCGGCCUGGCCAUACCAGAAGCGCUCCUAUAGGUUUCUAACAGCACCUGACGUUACUCGGUAAACUUGUGUUUAUUCGUGAAAGAAACUGCUAAAUUGAAAAGUUACCAAAACCUACCGGACAAAAACGCCAAUGGCGUUUAAAGUAAUGUUUUUUGUGAAAAAUGCGAAAAGUAUGGAAAAAUGUUUAAAAUAAGUAGUGCAAUAGAUAUUGCCGAAGAUUAAGUAAAAUAUACAGCGUAGUUCCAGUCGACACCGUGAUGCUGGACAAAAACGAUCGAGAUUAAGAGCUUCAGUUUUGCGUAGUCGGAUAAAUAUUCGGCCAGGAUGAGGAUUCUACUGUUCGAAGUUUUGAAUAAAGACAUCUUAGCGUCAGAAAGUUCUACAAAAUCGCAUGUUGGAGGGAGACAAUCAGUGACUGAAUAAUAGUCGCAGACGGAGCAUAAAUGAACCCGUCCAUAGAUUGUAAGCAACAUAUCGUAGCAGGGUGUGCCCCAGAGUCUAGGUCAUGCGUUCCGAAGGAACGCGUGACCAACGAACGGAAUCUUUCUCAUGAAUACACUAGUGCCGCCUUGAAAGAUGAGGGAGUUUUACUCGUACAUAAAGCUUUCCGACUAGGCAGAGCCGACGCAACAUAAUUAGCCAGUGGGAUCAUAAGCAUACUUGUAGCCUAAGGGUGUCGCAGUGCGCGAUGUCGCCUACGGUGUUAAGUAUUCUCAGCUAAUUGCCCAUUUGAGUAACUCGUGUCGUUUUUGAUUAACACAACUACAAAACUGAGACAGUUCUGGAAAAAAAUAUUUUUGUUGUUGGGUUUUUCUAACGCUCACAUGAUGAGUUGUGGCAUGAUGAAGAUUUGCUUUGGGAGGUGUUUUGUAUAUGAAUGGGUUCGUUCUUCCUUUUUUCAUUGAAUAAAAGGAAGACAAAAACUAAAACUUUUUACCUACUCACAUGACCACACACAAUACUUUUGUUCCAAACCCGCAUGUCAUUUCCUCCAACGACAACUAAGUUAACAUUGAAACGCCCUAGCUCGUCAUGUGUACGUGUUCGGUUAUUCAUUGAUUAGUUCAUCCACAUUGGCUGCUUUUAAUACAGCUGAUUUAGCUUAGCUUGUGUAUAUUAAAGGAGAGCUGAUGAAUAGUCGAAGGGUACGCUAAACGAGAUUGAGUUCCUUUAUGCUCUUUCAUCUUACUUUGCUUACUUUUAGAGUUCGUUUGAUGACUAUAAAAACAUGGCAAGGGGAAGAGCAAAGUGUCGCUGCCGUCCUGAAAUUAGACAUUAACAGGAACGAGGCCGCACACAAAUUACUUUGUUAGCUGUACAAAUGUCAAAGUAGAUACGGGUUGCUGGGGUUUUUCGUGGUCGCUUGUCAAACAUUCCUACAUGCCUCAAAAUUAAGUGUGCUUAGAUGUCUUAUUCCAGGCUCCACUUGGAACGCUGCGCAUUACGCACGUAUUAGUGACAGCAUAGUUCUCGGCCAAUAGAAACUAUCCUGAUCGACCAAUAAACUCCAGGACCGACUCUGAAACCUCUGUCAAGGCGCCAUGACGCAUGCCCUACUAAGGCCUCUUGCACUCGCGGUGCUGUACCCCGCCUUUAGUUCGGCUGCCAACUUGUUUUAACCAGUAGGCAGUGUGUUAUUAUGGACAAAGACAAGGGAGACUGGAAUGGCCAUUUCUGGCUUAUCAGCCGUCGUCAGCCAGUCAUAUCCAAUCCCGAAGUGUGAAACACCUGGGGCCUCGAACUCGCGAACUGUAAGUUAGAAGUUCAGUGCCUCAAACUACUGAGCCACGGGCCCGUUGUCCUGACGACAGAUCAUAAGCCAGAAAUGACUAUUCCAGUCUCCUUUGUCUUUGUCGGUAAUGGCAUACUGCCAAUAUCAUGCACCGCUGUGCGACUGAUGGUUGGGCUCCAGAGAGAGUCCGUAAGGCACAACGGAACGAGUGAGGACGAUCGGUGAGCGUCCGUCCACCGUGGUUUUAACCUGCUUUUAAGUCAUUCUGGCCGAAUACAAUGGCCUAUCCACUGGUCUCCUAACUCGUCUAUUUCUUUUAGAGACCGGAUUGAAGUUCGAAGUGACUAGGGUCUACCUACCACAUCGGAUGUCCCGACCUGCUAAUAUAAGGGAUCCUCUGUUGGCGUUAAUUCGGCCUUUAAGUUCAAAACAUUGCACAGAUUAAUAAAUCGAGCAUUUGAAAUAGGAGAAGCGUCUUGUUUUCAGGAAAUAGUGCGAUUUUUCGUAUGCUGCUUCAUCUGAUUUAUCCGGGCAGAAGCAUCAAGUUGUUUUGAUGGAUCCGUCCCCUUUAGAAUAAUGCUCUCUACGGUUAAACCAAGCAGAAGUGAUCGAACACGGUGUAAUACAGUUAGUAACAUAACAAAUUGCCGGAAAGUAACAAUCGUCAGUUUUAAGUCCAUAUCUCAAUCUUCUUGCUGAUAAAUGAGUCGGACGCACUUUAGCCUGAGUAUGUUGAACUUACUCAGGGCACUGCUUUGGCAGUUGUGAUCCACGAUGUUCACGAUAGUCUAUACUGAUCAUUGGGAUUUCGUUGAUUGUGCAUUAAGUUGUUUCUCCAUAGCCAUAGCCUGAAUGGCCUAGUGAUUCAUUGAAGCAACACAUUUUUGGUUCAAGUCAUGCUUUUGCAUAAAUGGAAAGAAUAGAGGAUUUGAAUUGCUUAAGGAAAAUAAGGUAAAUCAGUAAAAGUAGCAUUUCGUAUAACGGUAUAGUCCACGGCUUAUAAAAUGACGCAAAUACAUUCCUCAAACGUUUGAGCUUCAGAGCGCAUUAAUUCUCUCAGUAUCAUUGAUAGCUAUUUCCUGAAACUAUGACUGUGCAUGUCAGAUGUCCAGUUCAUCUCAGGUAAACUAAUUUUAAUUCAGGUUAGCAGACGUGAAAGACUCGGGCCGAUAAUCGGAGAAAUGUGUGGGGUUCAUCGGAUCAGGGGAAUUGCAUGGUUGACGUUUUGGGGUUCUUGGCCGGUUGCCCAUUAGGAGAGCGUUUUGUGCAAUAAAUGACCAGAAUUUCAAACAAACGGCCGAAUAAGUUGACCUUGGGCUGGUCAGUUUUUCUUCUUAUGCUGUAUUGGCUUUCUAACUUUUGCCCAUGAAUCACGGCGGUCCGACAAAUGAGUCGGGUUCAUAUUUUACCCGAGACGGUUUAAUUUACCUAAGACACUGCAUUAAGAUUUGGGAUCUACGGUGUUCAGAGAGGUCUGUACCGAUUGUUGGGAUUUCCUUCGUUGUGCUUCAUUAUUUAUACCUAUUAUUGUCCAUAAAACCGAUCCGCCAUAGCCACAGCCUGGAUGGCAUAGUAAUUCAUUGCAGCAGCACAUUAUUUGUUGCAAGUAAUCCUUGUCCUGGUCAUGGCAUGGGUAUGGACGUAGGACUUUAGAGGCCGCAGGAAGGUCUUGUUGCCUAUUGAUGGAAUUGGAAUCCGAGUACCCAGAAGAGGGUUAAUUGAGUCGGUUUGUUUAACAUCGUACAUCGAUUUUGGGAAGAGUCUGUGCCAGUUGCGCAAAUGUUCCCGUCCCAGCGGCAGUUUUGAGCAAUUUAAUAAAUCUAAGAAUUGGCCAGAGAACAGGUUGCAUGACUGCAUAUACAUAUAAAAAACACAGGCAAUAGUUUCUAAUGUGAGACCUUCGAUCUCCUUUUAUUUGAAGAGCAGUUCUUCCAACCUAGAAACCUUUUUAAUUGCAUCAUCAACGACAGCAUAUUGACGGGCUUUUUAAUUAUAAGAGGGACUGCACAUUCAGGCAAAUACGAAGAAAAGUCUUCCUUAAAACUGAACAAGUUCCCGAAGAAGACCAGUUAUUGAUAGAAGUGUCGUAUAUGUAAAUGAGACACGUAUGCUGGUGGCGGGAGGUCAGCGAGGAAGGAGAGAGAUGGAUGGUGUGUGAGAUGGGGGUGGCGGAGGUGUGGAUAGGAGGGGCUGAAAUGAACAGUGGAGAAGGAGCAGGCCGGAGGACGAACAAAUCAGCUGUCUUGGGGCUGCUGUCAAUCAGUUUCACUGCUGCGUCAAGUGAAGGAUCACACUUCACCUGUUUCUGCCGCGAUAAGAGCUUUUAAGAGAAGAGUGUUGGGAUCAUCUAAACGAGUGGCGAACGCCUCUGCUGCCGUCAGCAUGCAUUCGUAUCAAAGCAAGCUGCAGGGGCAAACUGCUCUCAUCCACCGCAUAAAAAAGGGGACUAAUAACGGUAAUCAUGUCCCGGGUUGGAUAGAGGAUACACAGGCGUCAGAAUUGGAUUCAAUCAAGGGAUAGAUAGUUCGUCUGCUGGAUCACAUGGAACAGGAGCAGGAUUUUCGCUUUAAUGAUACACACUUCUGAAUGUUGAAUACAUCUCCCUGCUUAGUCUAAAAAACCCUCUAUGGCGGGCAGACCCGCCUUCUAGUCUAUUCACUGAGCGUUUGCACUGGACGCUGUUGAGCAUGUAACGAAUCAUGUUUCAUUUUGUUACAAAGAUUUAUCUGGCAAAUAUUGCUUCCGCUUGGCAAGAUGCCUACAAAUGUGGCAGGGUUUUUGGGGUAAGUAGGAUAUGUUGUGAUACGAGAUUCAUGCCGAGGAGAUCAGUAAUGACUUAAGCGGAGUCAUUGACAUUUGUGCUGCGAAAACUUCAUUUUUUGUCAACCAGCGUAAGAUGGGUAUAAUCUUGUUUCCCAGUAAACACAUCUGCCUAUUAAGGUUGGUAUUGACAGACGUAUAUUUUGACUGAUACAAAACUGCUCUGAGAUUUUUCAGCCUUCAUACGGUCAAUCAUAUUUCUAGACACCACCAUUUAGAACCAGAGUACCAAAAAGUGCAUACAUGCAGCAUAGAUGGUCCACUUUAUCAAACCUAUCCUCAUCGUCGUCUCAUCAUCUGGCAAUCUCGUCGCUACAGGAGUGGGCGCACACCGAUCCAGGGGGUCCCAGAAGCCAAUGAACUUCACCUGGAGGGCCUAGUUUAUGAGCAAUCUGCUGUCUGCCAGCCCGGGCUAGGUCAAGACAGGGGGGGCCAUAAUGGUCCCAGAGGGUGACGACAUAGCCGUACAUUUUUUGAUACAUCGUACUUAAAUAUGCAAAGAAGUGGCUUUCGUAGCGUCUUUGUCAGCAUCCAGAACGUAACUUGAUUACUUAGAUUUCCCUGCUGAGAUACGCUAUAACCACUGUAAGAGAGAGUUUCCUAAAGAAGAGUGCUAUUCCAAGUGACAGUUGACUUCUGUUGUGGUCAAAGUUCUGAAAUCGUGUGCUAUGCCAGCAUCAGCAAACCAUGGCCCUCACAGUCUCGUAUGCGCAGGCAGUUCCCUGAAACCUGGUUCCCUGCGUAUAAAUACGCUUGCGACCACAUUGGUAGUGGGAAUGACUGCUAAGUCAUCAUCAUCGUCCUUCUGACAUCCGUUGGGUGUUAUUGUUUUUGGUGAAAAAUCCUGAUCAACUGUAUGUUGUGGACCAGUGGGUGCGCGUCCGGCCGUGCCAGCCACCUGCGCCCUCCCCGCCUUCGGUCUUGUUAACUCUGUCUUGACGCCUGGUCCAGGUGGGUAAUGGGAAAGAUAGAGUGCGGUAGAUGCUAAGCAAGUCUACUAUCACCAUAAACUUAUUCACGCGCAAGUCACCGUGCCUGCUUCACCUUUCUGUGGAGCACACGGUGAACAUUUCCGGCAACGACAGUCGAAGUGCCGAGUGUUGCCGUUCAUAUCCAGAGCUCUACCGUCAUGUCUGAAGUAAGCAGUGUCACGAAGGCUGCCCCUUGACAGUAAACACUAAAUUGAUUUAAGUGACUCAGUCGACCAGCAUGAUAGGUUCAGAUAUUCACAAACAGAUCAAGAAAGCCAUCGUGUAAGCUUGUUUACUGGCUUAACAGGGAAUCGUCGCAUGAAAUUUAACCCCCAGCGAUAAACGCGAGAGCUGCUAGUUAUGCCAGGCAUAGGGUUGGAUGGUAUUUUCGUCCUACAAAUAUUGCGUUUCGUGCGCCCCCAUCACCAAUAUGCCCAGCCCUCCUGACGACGGGUCUGGGCAAGAAUCUAAAAACUUCCUGUCGGUGAAAUUCGCUUUCCGGCAAUCGUCUUUUGUUCUUAACUGCCGUUUGAAAAUGCCCUAUUCACUUCUAUGAAGUUCAUAAUGUUCAUUUUGAAUUCUUUAACACUGUGUCGGCUGGUCUGAACAAAGUCUUAAGUGCGGAUGUGCGUAAGUUCCACCUAAUCCUCUGACUUUUGUCGGUUCAAUUUAUACUAAAAUCGAAAGAGAUGUAGGCCAAGCGACGUGUUCAAAUCAGCAACUAAUCAAGAAUUUGGACCCGAAAUUGCUCUUCACUCAGCUGGAUGAACCCCGCUGAUAGUUUCGUUACCUCUGCUGCUAGCUCUUCCAAAAUUUCGAUAUGAACAGGCAUUCCAGGCUGUGCUUAUUUACCGUGUCCUACAGUGAUCGUGUCAGCGAGACUUUUCCUGUAACACAAUCUGCAAAAUCAUUUGCAUGCUUAUACCUGCACUCAUGUUUCAUUGCGCAGUGGCGACAGGGGAUCAAGUUUCAAGCCAGGUCGAAUGUAUUAGUUGUUUAGAAAGUCGAAACUUUGUAUACUUUGAUAGUUUUACCACCUCGAAUAAAUUCUUCCUUCGGGAGUCAUUGGAGUUCUGGAAAUGUUUUUACGUUUGCAGCUUACUGACAAUAUCAAUACUGCAAACAUUUUAUUCGACUAAAUUCAUCUUAACACUAUUGUGUCAUGCGGGUUUUUCGAAAAAACCGCAGGAUGCAUUAGUAACCAACCGAAAAAUCUGACUACUAACUUUGAGUACAUCUAGACAUUAGCAUGCCAGAAGAAAGCACAGAAAGUGUUCAUUUAUGCUUUUGAAAAAUCGGCCAAAAUUAGUAAUUGAAAAGCGAUUUUCUAACUGUCUGCCCUCGAUGCAACAUAAGGCGUCUACGACUUGCGAAUCCAGAGCCUACAGAAGGACGACGAGGGCGACUACGCAUGUCAGGCGCAAAUUCUGAACGAGCACAGCAACCCUCAGGCGCAGCCACUUAUUCACAAUAAAGGAGGAAUAACCAUGACUGCCGGGAUGGUUGGACAGCAUAGACUGAAGGCACCAGCGACAGGGGCGGAUCCAAAGACUGGCAGGAUGCCCAUGAGCUUCGUUCGUAGCAAGGAGAUCAAACUGCGCCUAUUCGGUCAGUAA